AUCCCACAAACUGCCGGUAUUUUUGUCAACUCAUCAUCGAGCUAGCUUCGCUGAGACGGAAUCCUCUAAUUUAACUGAUAACUUUUGCAGAUUAUCGUUGAAAAAGUUCAAGCUAGUGUCGGUGCGAUUCUUUAUUCAAGUCUAGCAAAACCGAAAUUGGUGCCGGAAAGGAUGAAAACUGUGGAUAAGAGCCAGCAUGUGCUGCCGAACAGCCAGCCGAUCGUGGAACUGGAAUGCUCCACCGCCUUCAAAGCGCUGACCGAGAAGGAAAAAUUGUACGCGCAUUACUUUAGCCAGGCAUCUUGGGCGGGAGGAUUGAUUGCGUUGGUCCAAUCGAGUCCGGAAUCGCCGUUGAUUUUCUCGCUGUUGCAUCGCAUCUUCCACGCAGAGACUGUUGAGGAGCUGAAGAAAAGCGCCCUGGAGGCAGGCGUCAGUGAAGAUGAGUUCACGGCUUUUCUGGUAUACGCUUGCGGGUUUUUGGCCAAUGCCGGCAACUACAAGGGCAUGGGGGACAGUAAAAUUGUUCCCAAUUUGGAGGAGGAUAAGUUCGAGCUAGUUGUGAAAAGCUCCAAGGCAUUUAAGACGGAUGAAGCCACGGUUGGAGGCCUGUGGGAGAAGACCAAGAAAUCGAUCUUCCUGCUGACGGAGCGGACGAAAACGCUGGGGCUGUGUGACCAGGGAAUUACGACGUACUUUUCGUCGAAUGUGACCCGGGAGGACACCGAGCUGAUCAGCGAGUGGAUGAAAGAGAACAAGUUCGAAGCGUACAUCUGCCGGACGUUCAAGACUCUGGAGGAUGGAAAGACGAUUUACAACAUUAAGCUGGCGUCGGCGGAGGAAGGUGAAAAAGAAGGGUUGACGAAGGAUCCCGUUGAGUACAAGGACUGCUUGUUCAAGAUCACCCGUGGCGAUUACAAAGAACUGAUGGGAAAGGUCGCCGAAUACCUCCGAGAGGCCAAUAAGCACUCGGCAAACGACAACCAGAAGCAGAUGAUCGAGAGCUACGUCCAAAGCUUUACCGAGGGCAGUUUGGAUGCGCACAAGACCGGAUCCCGUUUCUGGAUCAAGGAUAAGGGUCCGGUGAUUGAAACCUACAUUGGAUUCAUCGAAACCUACCGUGAUCCGGUGGGUCAGCGGGGAGAAUUCGAGGGCUUCGUGGCCAUGGUCAACAAGGAGAUGUCGGCCAAGUUCGGAACAUUGGUCAGCAACGCGGAAAACUUUAUCAAAUUUCUGCCCUGGGGUGAGGAUUAUGAGAAGGACAACUACUUGAAGCCGGACUUUACUUCGUUGGACAUUCUGACCUUUGCCGGGUCGGGAGUUCCAUGCGGCAUCAACAUUCCCAAUUACGACGAAAUUCGCCAGGACGAGGGCUUCAAGAACGUCUCCCUGGGCAACGUGCUGGCCAACACGAACAAAACCGAUAGCAUUCCGUUCCUAUCGGAAGAAGACCAAGCGCUUCUGAAACGCUACAAAGCGGCCGCUUUUGAGGUGCAGGUCGGCUUGCACGAGCUGCUCGGUCACGGUAGUGGCAAACUGUUGCGUAUCAACGAAAAAGGUGAGUUCAACUUUGAUCGUGAGAAGGUCAAGAAUCCGCUGACGGGAGAAGCCGUCACCAGCUGGUAUGAACCUGGGGAAACGUACGAUUCCAAGUUCAAGUCGCUCGGAUCUAGCUACGAGGAGUGCCGCGCGGAAGCCGUUGGAUUGUAUCUCAGCUUGAAUCGGGACAUCCUGAAAAUCUUCGGCCACACCGACGAGAAGGAAAUCGAGGACAUCAUCUACGUCAACUGGCUCCUUCUGGUUUGGGGAGGCGUCGGAGUAGCAAUGGAGCUGUACAACCCCACGCAGAAGGCCUGGCUUCAGGCCCAUUAUCAGGCACGGUUCGUCAUCAUGAAGGUCCUUCUAGAAGCAGGCGAGGGCUUGGUCUCCGUAGAGGAAACCGAACCCGGCAAGAACCUGCUUCUCAAAUUCGAUCGCUCCAAGGUGGAAACCGUCGGCAAGAAGGCCAUCGAAGAGUUCCUCCUGAAGCUGCAGUAUUACAAAUCGACUGGGGAUAUUGUUGGGGCCACCAAGAUGUACAACCACUACUCGGAAGUCUCCGAGGAAGGUCCGUAUCCGUGGGCCAAGUGGCGUGACAUUGUCCUGCUGCACAAAAAGCCGCGACUGAUCUUUGUCCAGGCUAAUACCGAACUGGAUGCGGAGGGCGCCGUGCAGCUGAAGACGUACGAAUCCAACUUUGAGGGAUACAUCAAAUCGUGGACGGAUCGUUUCCCGGAUGUGGAAAUUGACAACGUACUGGAGCGCAUCUACGAGAGUGAUCUGCAGUAUUUCCAGGAUUUGGUUUGAGCAAAAGCUGGCUGAGAGAUGAUGAGGAAAACAGAAUUGACUAUUUUGAAAUAUACCCAUUUGUACCACA